AAGUAAGCUAACGCGCGGUCACCAAAGGGUUAACUGUGAAGUGGAAGUAACCUCCUCCUCUCCGAUCGUCUCUCUUUUGGGAUCCGUCUAAUUCAGAGCAGAGCUGCGCCCUCGUUUUUCUUCACUUUGUCCCGUGGAUGAUUUCUUUCGGCGUCGUCUCCAUUUGGCGGCCAACGGCAUCCUUUGUGGCGGCGUUGGCGACACUUUAACGGGGAAGUAAGUGCACACAACGACCGCUUCAGCCGUUUUUUUUAGUCAUCUUUUCCAAAAGUUAGACGCCGACCCCUUUUUUUCCCCUGAACUUUUCUGCCUCCUCAGGGAGUGUCGCGACGUUUAGUGGAGUAAAUGUGUUAAAAAGGUGUGUCUUUUCUUGCUGAACGGAGCGUUUUAUUUUACCACUUAAUCGUGAAACUUCUGACGAACAAGCGGAUGUGAAGUGUGAUGUGUUACAAUGGGGAGAUAAACGCGACUCGUUUGACGCCAUACAUUUUUGACCCCUUUGGAGCUUCUGAGUUGGAGUGACUUUCAAGAUGCGUUCUACUGCGGAUGGACAAUCCAGCCCCCGCAGCAAUGACAACAACAACAACAACAACAAUAACAGCAGUAAUGAGAACAGUGGAAACUCCGGUUCUCAGUAUGCACUUUGCGCCCUGGGUGUCGGACUGGUGGCUCUUGGCAUUGUGAUGAUCGUGUGGAGCAUAGUCCCUGCAGAAACCACAUCGAAUAGUAACAACACUGCCGGUGGAGGACAAGGUGAUCCUUCUGGAUCCAGAAAAAGUAAAGCUUCCUCUGUGGCUUUUGUCCUGGUGGGCUCGGGGGUGGUCAUGCUGCUGCUGUCCUUGUGUCUGGGGAUGAGGAACAGGCAGCGGGAGCAGCAGAGGCUGCAGGAGGCCCAGAACCAAAGAGGAAUGACCACCAGGGAGAACAGAGAUGCAGAAAUGCCCGUGGAAGACGCCCAGCGGUUUGCCGUGCCCACCUACGAGGAGGUGGUAGGCAGCGGCCAGUACCCCGUCCGCCAGAGCAACCUUCAGCCCAGCUCCUCCCAGCUCCCCUCCUACGACGACUUGGUACAAGUCGACGGCGUGCAGUACGAAUUUGAGGUCACUGGAUCCCCUCCUGGCCCCACCUCCGUCCCCGCGACCGCUGCCGCAUCCAACCGCAAACACGGCAAAAGUGGCCGCAAGCUCCUCCCCAUCAAGAUCCGCAGGAUUAAAUCAGAGAAGAUGCCGAGUUCUCCGCCGGCCACUGGGAUCAGUAUAGAGCCGCUCACCCCACCGCCACAGUACGAGGACAAGGUGCCUCCCCUUUAAGGUUUAUGCUGAUUCGUCCUUAGAAACUACCGUCAUCACUCAUGGAGCCUCCUGGAUAUCGAAUACCUUCUGUCAUGCUCCAUCAUUUCAAAGAACUGACAUACAGAAAAGUAUACUUCUAAAAACUGGAACGCAUUGGAACAGAAGCAUAGACCAAAUAUCUCCUUGGAUGCCAAAGCGACUUCAUAGUUGGUUACGUAAGUCACACGCACGGUGAUGGUGGCGGACAUCAUGAGACCUAUUUCUCGACACAAGAGGACGAGAAGAAGCUGUUGAACUACAAGCAGCAGAGUGGGUGAUAGUGCAUUCAUUAUUCUCAGCAGCCUUGACUCCAUCCACCACCAUUACACACACACACACACACACACACACUCCUUGACUGUCUGUGACAUUGUUGCUUUUAAAACAACUUGGCUUCUGUUCAACCAGCUGCUUAUCUCUCACACACUCCAUUACCUAAGACGUACAAUUCUUUACCCUCUGGAAUAAUUGACUUCGGGGAAUGUGCUCUCACAGUAAAUUAUUCUAUAAGUUAAAAACGAUAUAUUGUGCUGGAACUGUACUAUUUUAUGACGUCGUGAUGGUAAUCCCCUGAAACACCUGCAACAACAUUAAAAAAAGAUGGCUUACAGCCCCAAAAUA